AAUGCUGCCCAGCACACCCGACUUUCAAAACAAGCAAAAGCUGAAGGAAGAGCGUGAGGCCAAGAGAGCACAGCUGGACAGCAGACAUGACUAUGUUCUCAGCAUUGUGUCCUCUUGCGUGGGUCUGGAGAAAGCUGAAGUGGAAGAUGCAAUACUGGAGGGCACACAGAUUGAGCGGAUAGAGCAGUUCUUUGCUGCCAAUGGCCUUCCUCACCUCAUUUUAUACUACCAGGACACAGAGCCUAUCAAUUUGUCUUUGUGUCUUUGUUUGGUAGCUGUAUCCUCCUCAGUGAUUCGCAGUAAGAAAGCCAAGGUCUUUGUGACGGAAGGCACAGAUGUGGCCCUCACUGGCAUUUGUGUAUUUUUCACCCGGGCAAACACCUCCAAGCCUAUCACAUCAGAGAAUAUCCACAGGGAUGUGAACUUUAACAUGUUGGACACCAUGGGUGUUGGUCUGCUGAAGAGCGUGGAGCAGCUGCUGUCAGAGAUCUUCAUCCCCACUCUGAGGAAGAUGAACCACGGCUGGGCAGAGCUAGCAAGCCCGCAGGCUCAGGCUGUCAAGCAAGACUUUAUUAGCUCUCUGGACAGCUUUGUCUCUGUGUUAGGCGGGGCACAGGAGAGCCUGCAGGAAAAGGUAAACCUCAAAGAAUGUGAAACGUUUGACUUGAAAACAUUGAAAGGUCCUUCAGAUUACACAGCUGUGGCCAAUAGCGCAGAAGCUCUGGAGAAGAUCGAAGCCUGCAUGAAAACUUGGGUCAAACAGAUCGAACAGGUCCUUGCAGAGAGUGACCAGUUAAGGAAAGAAGCAGAUGACCUGGGCCCCCGUGCAGAGCUUGACCACUGGAAGAAACGCAUGUCCCGUUUCAACUACCUGCUGGACCAGUUGAAGAGCCCUGAGGUCAAAGCUGUGUUGGGGGUUCUUAUUAUAGCCAAGUCCAAACUGAUUAAGGUUUGGCGAGAACUAGACAUCAGAAUCACUGAUGCGGCAAAUGAGGCCAAAGACAAUGUGAAGUACCUGUACACCCUUGAGAAGUUCUGUGACCCGCUGUACAACAGCAACCCUGUGUCCAUGGUAGAAGCUAUUCCUGGGCUUAUAAAUGCAAUACGUAUGAUCCAUAGCAUCUCACGUUACUACAACACCUCAGAGAAGAUCACUUCCCUUUUUGUCAAGGUUACGAAUCAAAUGAUUACAGCCUGUAAGGCCUAUAUUACAAAUAAUGGCUCGGCAACCAUAUGGGAUCAGCCGCAGGAAGUGGUAUCCGAGAAGCUUAAAGCGGCCAUUCGCUUGAAUCAGGAAUACCAGAAAUAUUUCCAAAAAACCAAGCAGAAGCUGGAGGAGAAUCCCUUGGAGCGUCAGUUUGACUUUAGCGAGAUGUACAUCUUUGGCAAGUUUGACACGUUUCAGCGACGGCUGAACAAAAUUCUAAACAUGUUUAGCACCAUUUCCACCUACAAUGCCCUGCAGGACUCCAAAAUUGAGGGACUGGAAACCAUGGCAACCAGAUUUCAGGCCAUUGUGUUGACCAUGAAGAAAAAACAGUACAGUUUCCUGGACCAAAGAAGGACAGACUUUGAUCAGGACUAUGAUGAAUUUUGUAAACAAACGAGUGAACUUCAUAACCAACUGAAAACUUUCAUGGACAACACAUUUGACAGAAUUCAAAAUACUGAGCGGGCUUUAUAUGUGCUCAAGAAAUUUGAAAGGCUUGGCAUCUCAGACUUGGGCAUCAGUGAGAAGUACCAGAAAAUUCUGCAAAACUUCGGAAGGGACAUUGAGAUGGUCUAUCGAAUUUACACCAAGCAGAAGACAGACCCCCCCAUUGCUCCAGACCUCCCUCCGAUCGCAGGGAGGAUCCUGUGGGCUCGGCAGCUGUACAGCUGCAUCCAGGAGCCCAUGGAUCUCUUCCAGGAGAUGCCUGGGCUACUCAGCACUCCAGAUGCCAAACCCAUCAUUCGAAAUUACAACCGGGUAGCCAAGGUGCUGCUGGAGUUUGAGGUGCUUUAUCAUCAGAACUGGAUGGCACAGACUGAAGCAGUCAAAGUGGGCCUGCAAGCCUCUUUGCUCGUCAAGAGUCCAGAAACUGGGGAGCUGUACGUGAACUUUGACCCCCAGAUCCUGACCCAGAUUCGAGAAACAGACAGUAUGCUAGGAAUGGGAUUGGAGAUUCCACCCUUUGCAGCCAUCUUGCAGCAGAAAAAGGAUGUUCUCAAAAAGAACUACAAUAAACUUCAGUUGAUGGUGAGAGAGAAUUCCAGAGUGAGGUCUAAGAUCCAGCCAGCCUUUGAACAACUGCUCAUGCCACAUGUGGCUAAAGUAGAUGAGGCCAUUCUGCCCGGUCUGACCUCCCUCAAUUGGACCUCUCUAAACACUGAGAAAUACCUUAAUCGAAUCACUACUGCACUUGAGGACCUUGAACUUCUGCUGCAAAGAGUGAAUGAUCUGGUGGAGUUUAGAAUCGACACGGUUCUGCAGGAAAUGAGCAUGACUACGCUGUGUGUGUUGCCUGAAGAUGAGACAUGCACCUGCGAGGAGUUUGUACAGACCACCAAGGAGCUUUGCAUCAAAGGAGCCCAAAUGCUGCAUACCAAAAGCUCAUUGGUGGAGGAGGCAGCCAAUGAGCUGAUUAAUAUGUUACUGGAAUUUGAGCAGAAGGAUGAAGAAGAGAGAAACCGGGAUGAGAGCAGAACAGAAAGCAAAGUGGAACAGAUGGACAAGGAGGAAUCUAAAUCAGAGGGCCGUCUCUUGUCACGUAGCACCAUGGCCCCUAGUGUUGGCCCCUCUUCUCCGCUGAUGAGAAAGAAGAAAAAGAAGGAUCUGAUGAAGGUGAUGGAGGAGGAGGCAAAGGAGCUGCUGUCUCAUUUCAACCAUCGAAACGUGGAUGCAUUACUGCGCCUUACCCGUAACACACUGGAGACUCUACGCAAACGCAUCCAUGCGUCAUCACUGAUGCAUUUCCUGGAUGCAGACUCCUCAAUUCGGCAGAGGGGAAGUGGGCAGCAGCCCAUCUUUAGGGUGGGAGUGUGUUUAGCCAUCCCCAACAUCAUCACGGUUCCAGGGCUAGAUGAGGUUCAGCAAGCCUUGAACAGAGCUGUGGACUGUGUGGUCAGCGUCAGUAAAGGAGUUGGACAGUGGAGCAAGGAGAGAAUUUCCAAGAGGAAAAUGAGUGAGCGACGCAUGGCCGCUCUGAAACAGAACAGCCAAGAGAGUGAAUCAGAAGAUGGCGAUUCGACCUAUCGCAGUACCUCAGAUAUAUCAGCAUCUGCAAACCAGGUCAUUCCCAUCCAAAUUAAGAACUACCACAAAAGCAUCUCUGAGAACAAAGAGAUUGUCAAGCUGGUCUCUGUGCUUAGUACGUCCAUCAACUCCACCAGGAAGGAAAAAGUGACCGCUCUGGAUCGCUUCAGCCUCUAUCACCACAUCUGGAAGAAAGAUCGAGAGGAAACCAUCCAGAAAUUCAUCCAGGGGAACCCUCUUCUUUCUGAAUUUGAGUCUCAGAUUCUAUACUACAGGGAUCUUGAGCUAGAAAUUAAUGCAGAGCCUGAAUUUAUCUCAGUAGGAGCUCUGGCACUAUAUACAGCGGAUCUAAAAUUGGCUCUUACUGCUGAGACAAAGAGUUGGAUGGUGGAUUUUGGUCACCACUGCAACAGGAAGUAUCGCAUGGAGAUGGAACAGAUCUUCACUUUUAUAGAUGAGGCGAGCAAGAAACUCAACAGGCAAAUUAAGGACUUGGAUGAUAUUCGUAUCGCCAUGGCAACGCUCAAAGAGAUCAGAGAACACCAAAUCUCCAUAGACUUUCAAGUUGGUCCAAUUGAGGAAUCGUAUAGCAUGCUACAUAAAUAUGGAUUGUUGAUUGCCAAAGAGGAAGCAGACAAAGUGGACACACUUCGGUACACCUGGGAGAAACUGCUUUCCCGUAGCACAGAGGUGCAGAAUGAGCUGGUGACCCUUCAACCAAACUUCAGGGGAGAACUCAUCAGAAACGUUGAGAUCUUUGUGGAAGACUGCCAACUCUUCUACCAUGACUAUGACGGGGAUGGCCCCAUGGUGGUUGGAUUGGCUCCUCAGGAUGCCAGUGACAGGCUUAUAAUGUUUCAGAAUCGCUUUGACAACCUGUUCCGCAAGUAUAUAACAUACACAGGUGGGGAGGAGCUCUUUGGCCUACCUGUUACCCAGCAUCCUCAGUUGCUUGAGAUCAGGAAACAGUUGACACUUCUCCAAAAGCUCUAUGGACUCUACAACAGUGUCAUUGACACAGUCAACGGCUACUAUGACAUCUCAUGGGCCGACAUAAAUAUUGACAGAAUCAACAAUGAACUACUUGAGUUUCAGUCGAGGUGCCGUAAGCUGCCACGGGCCCUUAAAGAGUGGCAGGCAUUUCUGGACCUCAAAAAAACUAUUGACGACUUUAGCGAGUGCUGCCCUCUGCUGGAUCUAAUGACUAACAAAGCCAUGAUGACCCGUCACUGGAAGAGGAUUACUGAGGUUACAGGUCACACCUUUGAAGUCGAAACUGAUAACUUCAAGCUCCGCAACAUCAUGGAAGCCCCACUGCUGAAGUACAAAGAAGAAAUUGAGGACAUCUGUAUUAGUGCUGUGAAGGAGCGUGACAUCGAGCAGAAACUCAAGCAAGUAAUUGCGGAAUGGGACAACAAGACCUUUACCUUUGCUCACUUUAAAACCAGAGGUGAGCUCCUUCUGAGAGGAGACAGCACAUCUGAGAUCAUUACUAACAUGGAGGACAGUCUGAUGGUGCUUGGCUCACUUAUGAGCAACAGAUACAAUACACCGUUCAAAGCUCAGAUCCAGAAGUGGGUUCAGAACCUCUCCAACACAACAGAUAUCAUUGAGAACUGGAUGACUGUGCAAAACCUCUGGAUUUACCUUGAGGCUGUUUUUGUUGGUGGAGACAUAGCCAAACAGCUGCCGAAGGAGGCAAAGCGGUUCUCCAACAUUGAUAAAUCCUGGGUGAAAAUCAUGACUCGAGCUCAUGAAAUGCCCAAUGUAGUCCAGUCGUGUGUUGGAGAUGAGACUAUGGGUCAGCUGCUGCCUCACCUGCUGGAACAGCUAGAGAUGUGUCAAAAAUCCCUCACAGGGUAUCUGGAGAAGAAGCGAUUGCUAUUUCCACGUUUCUUCUUUGUGUCAGAUCCUGCCCUGCUGGAGAUUUUGGGCCAAGCAUCUGACUCACACACCAUCCAGGCUCACCUGCUCAACAUCUUUGACAACAUCAAAUGUGUCCGCUUCCAUGAAAAGAUGCAUGAUAAGAUUCUGGCAAUAUCAUCCCGAGAAGGUGAGACAGUUGAGCUGGACAGACCUGUUAUAGCGGAGGGCAAUGUGGAGGUCUGGCUUAAUGCACUACUGAAAGAAUCCCAGAGGUCUUUGCACCUUGUCAUCCGUCAGGCUGCACUUGCCAUUCAAGACUCUGGCUUUGAGUUGAUCACAUUUUUGGACUCCUUUCCUGCACAGGUUGGUUUACUGGGAAUCCAGAUGAUCUGGACGAAGGAUUCCGAGGAUGCUUUGAGCAAUGCCAGAUAUGACCGUAAGAUCAUGGCUAAAACCAACCAUUUUUUUCUUGAGCUCCUCAACAAUUUGAUUGACAUGACCACAAAGGACCUUGGAGCUGUUGAACGGACAAAAUAUGAAACACUAAUCACCAUUCACGUGCACCAGAGGGACAUCUUUGAUGAUUUGUGUCGUUUGCACAUCAAAAGUCCCACAGACUUCGAAUGGUUGAAGCAAUGCCGCUUUUACUUUAAUGAAGACUCGGAUAAGAUGAUGAUCAACAUCACUGACGUGGGUUUCGAGUACCAGAAUGAGUUUCUAGGCUGCACCGACAGGCUGGUCAUCACUCCUCUCACUGACAGAUGCUACAUUACUUUAGCUCAAGCUCUGGGAAUGAGCAUGGGUGGAGCCCCAGCUGGGCCAGCAGGGACAGGAAAGACAGAAACCACCAAGGACAUGGGCCGCUGCCUGGGCAAAUAUGUGGUGGUAUUCAACUGCUCCGAUCAGAUGGACUUCAGAGGCUUGGGCAGAAUAUUCAAAGGUCUUGCUCAGUCUGGCUCCUGGGGUUGUUUUGAUGAGUUUAACCGUAUCGACCUGCCAGUGCUUUCAGUAGCAGCUCAGCAAAUCGCCAUUGUACUCACCUGCAAGAAAGAACGGCGGAAGAACUUCAUCUUUACAGAUGGAGAUAACGUGGAGAUGAACCCAGAAUUUGGCAUAUUCCUCACCAUGAAUCCUGGAUAUGCAGGGAGGCAGGAACUUCCAGAGAAUCUGAAAAUUAACUUCCGCUCAGUGGCGAUGAUGGUUCCUGACAGACAGAUAAUUAUCAGAGUGAAACUGGCAAGCUGUGGCUUCAUUGACAAUAUUGAACUAGCCAGGAAAUUCUUCACACUAUACAAGCUGUGCGAGGAGCAGCUCUCUAAACAGGUCCACUAUGACUUCGGUCUCCGCAAUAUUCUGUCCGUCCUGCGCACACUUGGAGCAGCAAAACGGGCCAAUCCUAAUGACACAGAGUCUACUAUUGUCAUGAGAGUUUUGCGAGAUAUGAACCUGUCAAAACUGAUUGAUGAGGAUGAGCCAUUGUUUCUGAGUUUGAUUGAGGAUCUUUUCCCUGGAAUUCAGUUGGAUAAAGCUGGAUACCCUGAUCUGGAGUCAGCCAUAGACAAACAGGUAACUGAGGCUGGUCUAAUCAAUCACCCACCAUGGAGGUUAAAGGUCAUUCAGCUAUUUGAGACUCAAAGAGUUCGUCAUGGGAUGAUGGCACUAGGACCCAGCGGAGCAGGAAAAACAACCUGCAUUCAUACCCUGAUGAAGGCCAUGACCGAUUGUGGCCAGCCUCACAGAGAGAUGCGCAUGAACCCUAAAGCUAUAACUGCACCUCAAAUGUUUGGUCGACUUGAUGUGGCAACCAAUGACUGGACUGAUGGAAUCUUUUCCACUCUUUGGAGGAAAACACUGAGAGCAAAGAAAGGGGAACACAUAUGGAUUGUCCUUGAUGGGCCAGUUGAUGCUAUAUGGAUUGAAAACCUAAACUCAGUCCUGGAUGAUAACCGCACACUGACAUUGGCCAAUGGUGACCGCAUCCCCAUGGCCCCUAAUUGCAAGAUUGUGUUUGAGCCACACAACAUCGAUAACGCUUCCCCAGCCACAGUGUCCCGUAAUGGAAUGGUGUUUAUGAGCUCUUCUGUCCUUAACUGGAGCCCUAUUUUGGAGGGCUGGCUGAAGAACCAUUCCCCUCAGGAAGGAGUGGUCCUGAGGGAGCUCUUCUCCUCCUCCUUUCCUGAGCUGUAUCGGUUCAGCGUUCAGUCUUUGCAGUAUAAAAUGGACAUGCUGGAGGCCUUCAUCAUCAUGCAGUGCAUAAACAUGCUGCAAGGACUCAUUCAGCCCAAGGAGCAGGGAGGGGAGCUGUCUCGUGAGCACAUGGAGCGUCUGUAUGUCUUCGCUCUGAUGUGGAGUGUGGGAGCCCUAUUGGAACUGGAUGAUCGAAUGAAGUUGGAGAGAUGGCUCCGUCACCAUGACAGCAUUCACCUUGACCUUCCCAACAUCCCUCCCCACAGCGAGGACACUAUGUUCGACUUUUACGUCACUAAUGAUGGCCACUGGGUUCACUGGAAUACCAGAGUGGAAGAGUAUAUUUACCCACCCGACUCCAUACCAGAGUAUGGCUCCAUACUGGUGCCCAAUGUAGACAAUGUUCGCACUGACUUUCUCAUCCAGACCAUUGCAAAGCAGGGCAAGGCUGUGCUUUUGAUAGGAGAGCAGGGCACUGCCAAAACUGUCAUCAUCAAAGGCUGCAUGUCCAAAUACGACCCAGAGUCCCACACUGCCAAGAGUCUCAAUUUCUCUUCUGCCACCACACCUCUUAUGUUUCAGCGUUCUGUGGAGAGUUAUGUAGAUAAACGAAUGGGAACCACGUAUGGCCCUCCGGCAGGGAAAAAAAUGUCCAUCUUUAUUGACGACAUCAAUAUGCCUGUGAUCAAUGAGUGGGGUGACCAGGUCACCAAUGAGAUAGUUCGGCAGCUGAUGGAGCAAAAUGGCUUCUUUAACCUGGAGAAACCAGGAGAAUUCACCAACAUUGUGGAUAUCCAAUUCUUGGCAGCUAUGAUCCAUCCUGGAGGGGGACGAAAUGACAUUCCCCAGAGACUGAAGAGACAGUUUUCUAUUUUCAACUGUACUCUUCCUUCCAAUGCCUCCAUAGACAAGAUUUUUGGUGUGAUAGGCACUGGUCAUUACUGUUCCCGUCGGGGAUUUUCAGAAGAAGUACGCAAUACAGUGGUCAGGCUGGUUCCACUGACUCGAAAACUAUGGCAAAUGACAAAGGUUAAAAUGCUGCCCACUCCCGCCAACUUCCACUACAUUUUUAACCUGCGUGACCUCUCCCGCAUCUGGCAGGGAAUGCUCAGCGUGACUGCAGAGGUUAUUAGCUCGUCUGAUGUAUUACUACGGCUGUGGAAGCAUGAAUGCAAACGUGUUAUUGCUGACCGGUUUACUGCCCCAGAGGAUGUGGCCUGGUUUGACUACACACUGGCCAAGCUGGUGGAAGAAGAGCUUGGGGAAGAAGAACGAAUGGUGGUGGAUCUUGGGGUGGAUUCCUACUUUGUGGACUUUCUCAGAGAUGCACCUGAGGCCACAGGUGAAGAGCCAGAGGAAACUGAUUUCGACAUGCCAAAAGUAUACGAGCCCAUCAAAUCCUUUGAUAGUCUAAUGGAGAGGCUGAACAUGUUUUUGAGUCAUUAUAACGAGAGUAUCAGAGGAGCAGGCAUGGAUAUGGUCUUCUUCAGGGAUGCCAUGAUUCAUCUGGUUAAGAUUUCUCGGAUUAUCAGGACCCCUCGGGGAAAUGGCCUUCUGGUCGGUGUAGGGGGAUCUGGAAAACAGAGUCUGACAAGACUAGCAUCUUUCAUCGCUGGCUACAAGACUUUCCAGAUUACACUCACCCGAAAGGUUUUUGGUCAGCCGGGUUUGGUGUCCAAUCUGUUUGCUCGAGAUGAGAUCGACGAGAUUAUCAGUGACCUCAUUCCAGUCAUGAAGCGAGAGUUUCCACGGCGUCCACCCACAAAUGAAAACCUACAUGAGUAUUUUAUGAGCAGAGUGAGGCAGAACCUUCACGUGGUUCUGUGCUUCUCUCCAGUCGGGGAGAGGUUCCGUAAUCGAGCUUUGAAGUUUCCUGCUCUCAUUUCAGGAUGCACCAUGGACUGGUUUAGUCACUGGCCCAAAGAUGCUCUGAUCGCAGUGUCAGAACACUUCCUGUCCACGUAUGACAUAGACUGCACUCCCGAGGUAAAGGGGGAAGUGGUUCAGUGCAUGGGCUCUUUUCAGGAUGGGGUGGCAGAAAAGUGUGCAGAUUAUUUUCAGAGGUACCGCCGUUCCACACACGUCACACCCAAAUCCUACCUGUCAUUCAUCCAUGACUACAAGACCAUCUACAAAGAAAAGCACUUAGAGGUUCAGACUCUCGCUGACAGGAUGAACACCGGCCUCCAGAAACUCAAGGAGGCCUCUGAGUCUGUUGCUGCCCUCAGCAAAGAACUGGAGGUGAAGGAGAAAGAACUUCAAAUAGCCAAUGAGAAGGCUGAUAUGGUGUUGAAGGAGGUGACUGUGAAGGCUCAGGCUGCUGAAAAGGUCAAAGUCGAAGUUCAGAAGGUCAAAGAUAAAGCGCAGGCCAUAGUGGACAGCAUCUCUGCAGACAAGGCCAUUGCUGAAGAGAAGUUGGAGGCAGCAAGGCCUGCUCUGGAAGAGGCUGAGGCAGCACUGCAGACCAUAAAACCAUCAGAUAUUGCCACGGUGCGAACACUGGGCAGACCGCCCCACCUCAUCAUGCGAAUUAUGGACUGUGUGUUAUUGCUCUUCCAGAGGAGAGUGAACACAGUGAAAAUUGAUCCUGAGAAAAACUGCGCCAUGCCCUCCUGGCAAGAAUCACUCAAACUUAUGACUGCUGGCAACUUCCUGGGCAGUCUACAGCAAUUCCCCAAAGACACCAUCAAUGAGGAGGUGGUGGAACUCCUUUCUCCAUACUUUGACAUGUCAGACUAUAACAUAGAAACAGCCAAGAGAGUGUGCGGCAAUGUUGCAGGGCUUUGCUCCUGGACCAAAGCAAUGGCUGCCUUCUUCUCUAUCAAUAAAGAAGUGCUUCCUUUGAAGGCUAAUCUGGCAGUUCAGGAGAACAGGCUGGACAUAGCUAAUGUGGACCUCCAGAAAGCCCAGGCAGAACUAGAUGCUAAGCAAGCAGAGCUGGAUGUAGUUCAGGCCGAGUAUGAGAAGGCCAUGAUGGAAAAACAGACUUUACUGGAGGAUGCAGAAAGGUGUCGGCGCAAGAUGCAAACCGCCUCUAGUCUUAUCAGUGGGCUGGCAGGAGAGAAAGAGCGUUGGACACAGCUUAGUAAAGAUUUCGCUGCUCAGACCAAGCGACUAGUUGGUGAUGUGCUGCUGGCUACAGCCUUCCUUUCCUAUUCGGGGCCUUUUAACCAAGAGUUCCGCAACCUUCUUAUCACUGAUUGGCAGAGAGAAAUGAAGUCCCGUCGGAUUCCUUUUAGGACCAAUCUGAAUCUCACUGAGAUGUUGAUUGACGCUCCCACAGUAAGUGAAUGGAACCUACAGGGGCUGCCCAAUGACGACCUGUCCAUCCAGAAUGGGAUUAUUGUUACAAAGGCUGCCAGGUUUCCCCUGCUGAUUGACCCCCAGACCCAGGGAAAGAUCUGGAUCAAGAACAAAGAGUCCAAGAAUGAGCUUCAGAUCACCUCACUGAAUCACAAGUACUUCAGAAACCAUCUAGAAGACAGUUUAUCUCUAGGACGUCCCCUGCUCAUUGAAGAUGUUGGGGAAGAAUUGGAUCCUGCCUUGGACAAUGUCCUGGAGAAGAACUUCAUCAAGACUGGGUUCACAUAUAAGGUGAAAGUAGGUGAUAAAGAAGUGGAUGUAAUGAAGGGUUUCCGUCUCUAUGUGACCACAAAGCUGCCCAACCCAGCAUACACUCCUGAGAUCAGCGCAAGGACAUCCAUUAUCGACUUCACUGUUACAAUGAGGGGCCUGGAAGAUCAGCUAUUGGGAAGAGUUAUUCUCACUGAGAAACAGGAACUGGAGAAGGAGCGAACUGACCUGCUGGAGGAUGUCACAGCCAAUAAACGUAAAAUGAAGGAACUGGAGGAUAAUUUACUUUUUAGGCUAACUAGCACGCAGGGCUCCCUGGUGGAUGACGAGAGCCUCAUCACAGUGCUGGGAAACACGAAACGCACUGCAGAGGAGGUCACACAGAAACUCCAGAUUGCUGCUGAGACUGAGAUCCAGAUCAAUGCGGCCCGCGAGGAAUACAGACCCGUUGCUACAAGAGGAAGCAUUUUGUACUUUCUGAUCACGGAGAUGAGCAUGGUGAACGUGAUAUAUCAGACCUCUUUGCGCCAGUUCCUGGGCUUGUUCGACUUGUCCUUGGCCAAGUCCUCAAAGAGUCCAAUUACAAGCAAGCGGAUCGCCAACAUCAUCGAGUACAUGACCUUCGAGGUGCACAAUUACGCAGCUCGGGGUUUGUACGAAGAACACAAAUUCCUAUUCACCCUGCUGCUCACCCUCAAGAUCGACAUGCAGAGCAACAGGGUCAAACACGAGGAGUUUCUGACCCUCAUUAAAGGAGGUGCUUCGCUAGACCUGAAGGCCUGUCCACCCAAAGCUGCAAAGUGGAUCCUGGACAUAACAUGGCUUAACCUGGUGGAGCUGAGCAAGCUGUGGCAGUUCUCUGACAUUCUAGAUCAGAUUGUGCGUCAUGAGAAACAGUGGAAGAGCUGGUUUGAUCGAGAAGCACCAGAGGAAGAACCAAUCCCAAAUGCAUAUGACCAGGCUUUGGACUGUUUCAGACGAAUGCUCCUUAUUCGAUCCUGGUGUCCAGAUAGAACCAUUGCUCAGGCACGAAAGUACAUCAUGCACUCAAUGGGGGAGAGAUAUGCUGAGGGAGUGAUUCUGGACCUGGAGAAGACCUGGGAGGAGUCGGACCCUCGCACUCCUCUCAUUUGCUUCCUGUCCAUGGGUUCAGACCCAACAGACUCAAUCAUAGCCCUGGGUAAACGACAGAGAAUUGAAACUCGUUACGUCUCAAUGGGACAAGGGCAGGAAGUUCAUGCACGCAAACUUCUGCAGCACUCCAUGGCUAAUGGAGGCUGGGCUUUACUUCAAAACUGUCAUUUGGGUCUGCAUUUUAUGGACGAACUCAUGGAUACAAUCACAGAGACGGACAGUGUUCAUGACACCUUCAGACUGUGGAUGACCACUGAGGUCCACAGACACUUUCCUAUCACUCUCCUGCAGAUGUCAAUCAAAUUUACAAACGAGCCUCCUCAGGGACUGAAAGCUGGACUUAAGAGGACUUAUGGAGGUAUCAGUCAGGAUCUUCUGGAUGUGAGUAAUAUGGUCCAGUGGAGGCCCAUGUUGUACGGUGUGGCAUUCCUCCAUUCCACUGUCCAAGAGAGGCGAAAAUAUGGACCUUUAGGUUGGAACAUUCCAUAUGAGUUCAACCAGGCAGACUUCAAUGCAACAAUACAGUUUGUCCAGAAUCACCUGGAUGAUAUAGACAUCAAGAAGGGUGUGUCCUGGAACACUGUACGAUAUAUGAUCGGCGAGAUCCAGUAUGGCGGUAGGGUGACUGAUGACUAUGACAAGCGUCUCUUGAACACGUUUGCAAAGGUGUGGUUCAAUGAGAACAUGUUCAGCCCUGAUUUCAACUUCUACAAAGGCUACAGUAUUCCCAGAUGCAAUAGCGUGGACCAGUAUCUCCAAUAUGUGCAGGGUCUCCCCACAUAUGACACCCCUGAGGUGUUCGGCCUCCACCCAAAUGCAGACAUCACCUACCAAAGCAAACUCGCCAAGGAUGUACUAGACAAUAUCCUGAGCAUCCAACCAAAGGACAGCUCUAGUGGAGGCGGAGAGACCAGGGAGGCGAUUGUGGGUCGACUAGCAGAUGAUAUGCUGGAGAAACUGCCUCCAGAUUUUGUACCAUCUGAGGUCAGAGAGAGAUUGAUGAGCAUGGGUCCCCUUCAGCCUAUGAACAUUUUCCUGCGGCAGGAGAUUGAUCGCAUGCAGAGAGUGAUUGUUCUGGUCAGAAACACGCUGAGCGACCUGAAGCUGGCCAUUGAUGGAACCAUCAUUAUGAGUGAGAACCUGCGGGACGCACUGGACUGCAUGUAUGAUGCCCGAAUACCUGCACGCUGGAAAAAGGCCUCCUGGGCUUCCACCACGUUGGGGUUUUGGUUCACAGAGUUGCUGGAGCGGAAUCGGCAGUUCCACUCUUGGGUUUUUGAGGGACGACCCAACUGCUUUUGGAUGACAGGCUUCUUCAAUCCACAGGGGUUCCUGACAGCUAUGAGACAGGAGAUCACUCGUGCUAACAAGGGGUGGGCGUUGGACCGUAUGGUUCUGUGUAAUGAAGUUACAAAAUGGAUGAAGGAUGACAUCACACAACCUCCUGCAGAGGGGGUGUAUGUUUAUGGUCUCUACCUGGAAGGGGCCGGCUGGGACCGCAGGAACUGCAGGCUCAUUGAUUCCAAACCCAAAGUACUGUUUGAGAUGAUGCCUGUGGUCAGGAUGUACGCAGAGAAUAAUGGUGUCAAAGAUCCUCGCUUGUACUCAUGUCCAAUAUAUAAAAAGCCUGUUCGAACAGACCUGAACUACAUCGCAGCUGUUGACCUGAGAACCAGUCACCCCCCAGAAUACUGGAUCCUGAGAGGAGUGGCCCUCCUGUGUGACGUCAAAUAAUAGUCUUUUAAAAUAAUUGUAUACAAAUGUAGAUGUCUGUCUGGUCUCUUUCUGUAUUUUAACUGAUGAUUACCCUGAACACCUGAAUAAAUAAACAUGCACAGCUGUCUGUAGCACCAUACAUAAGACCCUUAGAACCACAGCAAGUGCCUUGACAUCUAAACCUGUAAAUCCAUCAUAAAUAUUGUCGUCGUACACCGUCAUAUGGUUUUCUGAGUGCCUCUCAAGACAAUCUGCUGGGUCUUGUCUUUAAUCCAAAGGUUCAUGCAUUUAAAGGCCAAAUGUAAGCCUGCUGAUUAACAGCCCAGUUGAAGCGUACUCAUGCUUGUCCUACAGUAAACACUCUCAGGUGUACAAGUCAAAGUUUAUCCAUCUGAACUAUGGAAGAGUUUCAUUUUUAGCAGCUUCUGUGAGGGACUAUCCAGGGUGUUUUCCUGCUUAUGGUCUGAGAGACAAUUUAUUCUGCAGAUGCAGUCUAAUGUGUAAAAUUAAUGUCAGAAUAUGAUUUUCAGAUUCAAGUUAUUUUCCUUCUGAACCAAACAGACGUGUCACCCAAAAUUAUUUUUGACAAAUAUCAUCAUAGCACUGAAAAGAAAACCACGCAAGUUUGAGAACAUGGGU